AUGUCUCAGGAAAGACCUAACAUUACACUCUACACGGCUAGCACGCCCAAUGGAAUAAAAAUAUCCAUAGCUUUAGAAGAGCUAGGCCUGCCGUACAAAGUGGAGAACAUUGAUAUGUUCAAGAAUACUCAGAAAGAACCCUGGUUUCUCGAAAUCAACCCCAAUGGACGAAUACCAGCCAUCACGGAUACGUUUUCUGAUGGGAAACAAAUACGCUUGUUCGAAUCUGGCAGCAUCCUCCAAUACCUUGCAGAGCAGUACGAUAAAGACCACAAGAUCUCUUACCCCCCUGGCUCCCGAGAGCAAUACGAAGUGAAUAACUGGGUCUUCUUCCAGAAUGCGGGACUCGGCCCAAUGCAGGGCCAGGCCAACCACUUCAAUCGAUAUGCGCCAGAGAAGAUACAGUAUGGCAUCGAUAGGUACACAACCGAGAGUCGACGGCUCUAUGGUGUCCUUGACAAGCAUCUUGAGAAUUCAAAAUCUGGGUUCCUAGUUGGUGAUCACAUCUCCACAGCAGACAUUACUACUAUAGGGUGGGUGAUGUCGGCUGCAUAUACGGGGCUGGACAUCGAAGAAUUCCCUCGCUUGAAGGCUUGGGUGGAAAUGAUGUUAAAACGGCCUGGUGUGGACCGUGGCAAAGACGUACCCACAAAAUGGCGAGUGACAGAAAUGAGCAAGGAGGAAAUGAAGGCAAUUAGCGACUGGAUGAUGAAAAGCAUGAAAGAUGACUCGAAAGAAUAG